CCUUUAAGAAAGACCAGUCUUCCACAAGUGGGGCGGAACUUUCAUCGUGGAUUCACAUUGUAGCUAUAAUGGAACAGGAGUCGCCGAGCCUUGAGUGCUUCAUAACUGACCAUGAAGGUUUCCAUGGCACCAUUAAAAACUCAACCAAAGACUUUGUGGUCAUUGAGAUAGACAUCCAUGGCCGUGCUGUGAAUAGACCACUUAUUCCCGAUGACCCCACAGAUUUGACAUGCACUGAAGUCAGAGGGUCUUCGCUCAACAAAAACUUGAAUGCAAACCUCCGGCCUGAAAAUACAGCCUCAGAUGAAGUCGCUGUUGGAAUGACCGGUUUGAAUGACGAUGAUGUUUUGAGCCAGGAUUGUUUUGACCUGAGGGUAAUACUGGGCUCUUCUGCAAACGAAGCCUUAGAACAGUUUACCAAUAGAAUGCUGGUAUGUAGUGGGGAGCAAAAGAACAUGGAAAUGUCCCUUGGCUCCUUCCCUGACAAACACCAGCGUGCCAAUGUGCACAGGGCAGUGAGGCACAACUUCCCAUUCCUCAUGACAGUCACCAACCAGGAAGAGAUCUGGGUCAGAGAGGAUCCAGGCUUCAAGGAGCUCUCUGAGCUUGUCUCUGAGGGGGAAGCAGAGGACUUCUUCAGGUUCAUAGAUGCUAAAGCUCCGGGCUUGGCGUUCACCUUCCUGACGGAUAACAGCAAGGAGCACCGCACGCGCAUCCACCAUUUCGUGAGCAGGAGGUUCGGGAAGCUGGUGGAGACAAAGAGCUUCACAGACCAGGACGGGACCGCCAUUACAGUCAGGCUGAGAGAAAGAGGAAGAUGGCCAAAGAAGAGGACAGCGGCAGAUUGUGAAAAGCAGGUGGACACCUACACAGCUUUCACGCUAAGGAAGGAAAACCUAGAGACUCUGGAAGCCAUCAGCUACAUGGCGGCAGCGCUAGGAGUCAUUCCCUCUGAUUUCUCCUAUGCUGGCACCAAAGACAAAAAGGGCAUCACUUAUCAGUCCAUGACUGUAAAGAAGAUCUCCCCACAGCGGCUUGUGGAAUUGACCCCUGAGUUUGAAAGGAGAGGAAUGCAACUGUCUCGCAUUAUUCCAGCAUCUGAGCCUCUUCGGCUCGGACGGCUACAGGGCAACCAUUUUGACUUGGUCAUCCGUGACGUGAGGCCUCAUGGGAAGUGUAGUUCCACCGACUUAGAAACGCUUGUGAAGGAGGCUGUGGAGAAUGUGAAGGCCCAUGGUUUUGUGAAUUACUAUGGUCCUCAGAGGUUUGGAAAUGGCCAGAGCAUUCAAACUGACCAAGUGGGACUCGCACUUCUGAAAGAAGACAUGAACGCUGCUGUCAGGUUGUUCCUGAGUCCAGACGAAGGUGAUGACCUCCACAAUAAAGCCAAGCGGCAUUUUCUUCACACAGGGAACGCCAAGGAGAGCCUGGCACUGAUGCCCGCAUGCAGGGCACGUGAGCGGCUCAUGCUCCGCGCACUACACCGCUAUGGCAAAGGGCGCCAGGGCUGCGAGCAGGCCUGGCUCAGCCUGCCCCACGCCACCAGGCUCUUCUACCUGCAUGCCUACUGCAGCCGCCUGUGGAACCAGGCCGCCAGCUACAGACUGCGUGCCCUCGGGCCCCGGCCCGUCCAGGGCGACCUGGUCCAAGCCGAGCGCCUGCGCCACGACCCCACUCCGGGAGCGACCCACACACCACAGGUCCAUGUUGUCACUUCUGCAGAAGAGAGAGACAAUGUGUUCUCACUGGAUCAGGUGAUUCUCCCAAUGCCAGGCAACACUGUGAAGUACCCAGAGAACAUUGUUGGUGAGUGGUAUCGGGACAGACUGGCACAGGAUGGCCUGGGAUCCAGCCGCUUCAGAAUCCCCUCCCUCAAACUCAAUGCCCCCGGGAGCUACCGCCCUUUGCUGGCUAUCCCCCAUAACAUCACCUACAAGGUGCAUGAGGAACCGCAGGUGACAGAGCAUUUGAGCCCUCAGCGUAUAUCCCUCCUCACGCUGUCAUUUGACUUGGACGCAUCCUGCUACGCCACAGUGUUUGUCAGAGAAAUCAUGAAGUGUGAGCCCUAGGAGCAUAUAGACACUACUAUUACAUUUUUAAAGACUUUCAGGAAUUGCCCAGAUCUGGGUUGAGUUAAAAAAAAAAAUAAUAAUUAAUUAAAAAAAUAUAUAUUUCAUUUCAUCAGAUGACCACUAGAUGGGGUUGAUAUAAAACAUUAGAUGCUGUUUUUUGUUUUUUUUUUUGUUUUUUUUUUAAUAGAAUGAGAUUCAUAAUCUGUUAAUAUAAACAUAUCUUGUUCUUCGAUUAAACAAAUUUCAGUAGGUUUAUUUGACUUAUUUUACAGUAAGUAACUAUUGUCAACGGAUUAGCUUUGCUUUUCUUACUGAAUAAAACUUUAGAAUGGAGUCUUCACAGUAGUGUUAUUUACUCAUUUAUAAAGUGCGAAGGCAAAGGGGUACAAGAAAGCUAGUUUCCUUCAAUGCUGUUUAUUAAAUUGGUUUUGAUAGAGCAAGAGACAGGCAUUUUGCUAUCAGUAGUACACCAUGUAAAUAGCGCCAUUAUUUUUUCAAGCUGUUUAAGUGGGUAAAAAUAUGUCUUGGCUAA